UCACAGUUACAUUACAGCAACAAUUACGCUAAAAUCACAAUUGACCAUUUCAGCAGCAGCACUUGUAUGCCAAGAUCUACGACAGAGGAGAGCACGAAUGGUACGUCAUCGUCACAGUGGGCCAUACGACUGAUUGAGGCUCUUCACAACACAGACCCUGUAACCAGACAGUGCUUAGUUUUGAAGGCACGGUGCUUUAGAAGAUGGCAGAGCUUGGUCAGAGAAACAAGACGACAGAAAACUGAUGACAACCAUGCUAUAUGUUAUUAUCAUCGAAAACUGCUCGCAAGGUGCUUCAAACAUUGGCGAGAGGAGGUAGAAAAUGGACGACAGUUGCAUGCCGCCAUUGCCCUCUACAGGAAACAUGCUCUGCGCAAAGGAAUUCAGGGACUAAGGUUUGCUGUGCAACAAUCCCGCCACCUGGAGGAUGUUUUAGAGACUAAAAUGAAGCAGCACUUACUGUCCAAGUAUUUCCAUGAGUGGCAGGAGAGAGCCAGUGACAGCAGGGAAAAUACUAUCCGCGAUGCCUUCAAUCGCUGGCGGCAGUUUAAGCUGCAGUCAGAGCGUAUGAAGCUACUGGAGAACAUGGCGGAAAGGCGUCUCCUGUCCAAGGCGUACAGCGUGUGGAAGGGUCACUUCAAGGAUCAGCAACAGGAGGGCGUGGCUGCUCUGCACUACAAGGUCACAGUGCUGGGGAAGGGCUGGAAGGCCUGGAAACAGUUCACCACCAUCAGUCUAGUCAGGAGUAGGAGGAAAGAAGUCGCCAAGAUCCAUUAUGAGGAGCGCCUCCUUCACAGGACGUUCCACCACAUGAAAGAGACAGCACAGAAAUCUCAGAUGGCAGAAAUCUUCUACCGUCGUCGCCUUCUGGCCAGGAUGUUCCGACAGUUCCAUGAGGCAUCCCAGCUCAGCAAGGCUCAUCGACUCAGAGUAAUGGCGGAAACAAAGGAGUACAGACGCCUGGUGCUACUCAAGUCUUUCUUUGCUCGCUGGAGAGAAGAGCUGCGGGAACAGAGGGCAAAUAAUGUUGCCAGGAAGAGACUGGAGAGCCGUGCCUUUGAAAUCUGGAGACUCCGGUGGCGGCGCAACCUGCUCCAUCGGCAAGUUAAAGAAACCAGAGCCAAUGAGGAGCUAAAACACAUGGUGCUACAAGGCUGGCUGGAGGCAGCACGGCAGCAGCGGCGGGACAGGGAGGCAGCAGUGGAACUGCUGGAGAAAGUUCUCUGUAGUCACUGGCUGAGAGAGUGGCAUGACUACACGCAGAGAAUGGUGGAAAUGAGAGCCAGUUAUGCAGAAUUUGUCCAAAAGAGGGCACUGCAGACAAAACGUCGCUACAUGAAGACGUGGCAGGCCCAGCUCCACACUAAACUCACACAGCAGAAAGCUAAAGAGUUGUGGACGUUGAAAUGUGUGCGACGCGCUGUGUACAAGUGGCACUCACUGGUAUAUAGGAGAAGACUGGAGAUCAUGUUACAGCAGUCCCAGCCACUUAGGGAUAGGGCCUUGGUGAAGGCUUAUCUGAAGAGGUGGAUUCAUGCCAAGCAGCAGCUAGACUGUGAGAAGGACCGUGCAGACAUAGCAUAUAGCGCCAUGCAGAAGAAGGGGCUGCAGCGGAUGUUUGUCCGGUGGAGAAUUCUUACGCAGCAGGAGCUGACCAUAGCACCUCUCAAGUCUAAGAAGAGAAGGAAAGAGAUAGCUAGGGUAUUUGACAGCUGGAGGGCCAGGGUGCUUACCAAGAGGAAAGGAUUAGAACUGAAGGCCAGCUUCCACCAUCUGCAAAUGCAGAAGAUCUUCACAAAGUGGAGGUUAAAGACCCAAAGUAUUGUUCUCCAACAAAAGGUGGCGCUAUCGUCCCACCUCCAUCUGCUCCGCCAGUGCUUCAGUGGCUGGUGUGAGUUGGUAGAGCGUAGGAAGAACUACGAGAAUUUCACCAAGUGUUGCUCCCAGCAACAUCUCAGACGGGCAUUCCAGACGUGGAGGUGUAACUUAGGAGAGGUGCGAGCUGAACGAGAAGAAGAGGAAGCUGAGCAGGCAAGAGUGAAGACCCUACUGGCUUCCUGUCUGCGUACAUGGCGUGCUAAGCUAUCCCAGCAGCGUUGGUUAGAGGACACGUUGCUGAAGAGAAUGGCAGAGCAGCACUGCGCCAGACUGGUCCGCGGGUGCUUCAUCCAGUGGAAAUUGCAGUACCAGGGGGCCGCCAAAGCCAGGUACCUGGAGGAAGAAUUAGGUCAGCGUCGCCUGCAGCGCAUCUUCAAGGUAUGGCAAGACCAGACCAGCCAGUCUUUCCACGACUCCAUAGCGCAGUUCCAUGCCAAUAUGGCAGCCAUUACCCCGCGGGACAGUAUGGAGAGGAACGAUUCAGUCCUGUCUGGGUUGUCGCAGACAUCAUCUGUCAGCAGCAGUGGCUUCCAGAGCAUUCCAUGGCAGCAACACAGUGGCAUGGCCUACCCCUUGAACGGUCAACUGGACAGUUCAAUGUCCACCUCCCCAACUCUAGAUGGCCAGCACUUUGGCCAGCUACUAAUACAGGAUCUUAUCCACGUUGGUAAAGAUGAGGAGAAAGAUGAUGUAUUCUCGUACCAUGAGGUCCUGAGCCAGUCAGAUAUAGGGUCAGCUGUUAGCACACCACGCUUUAAACUUCUGGACAGUCCUAGGAAAAGGGAGUUGAGUGAGGAGAAGCAGAAGAGUUUGGAUCGACGCAUUAGCUAUGAGAAAGCCUUGAACAUUGAGAGAGCCAACUAUGAACAAGAAAAGAGCAGUUUGCUGAGAGCAGGAAGUCUGUUGGAGCCUCUGAACAUUGACAUAGAUUGGUCUGCUACAUCUGAUAUACAGGAACUUCUUGUGUGGGUGGUCAAAAGAUGGCAGCACUGGCCAGUGAGUGCUGCAUUUGAGCAGUGGAAGGAGUACGUGGCUCAGAGACGCGUCAUCAAGUACCUCCAGACUGAGGCUAGCGCUAGGUGUGAGAACCUCAAGCUGCACUGGGCCUUUGACCAGUGGAAACAUGGGGUCAUUGCCAUGGCAACAGCCCGGAAGUAUCAUGAGUCCUGUCUACUGAGAAGGUGUUUUACUGCCCUGAAAGAGUACACAGUGUCCAGGAAGAUGAAGCAGGAACAGAAGAGACGAGCUGAUGACUUCAGGGAGGCCAUGUUGCUACAGAAAGUGCUGGAAACGUGGACUCAGAAGCAUCAAGACAAACAGCAGUGUGAGGUGUCUCUGACAGCAGAAAGCCCGCGACUGAGUGGCCUUGGAAACUACGUGCAGCGUAAGAUUCAAACAAAGAGUCUGCGUUACUGCAUGCAUGUGUGGGUGAUGAGGUACACGCAGCUACAGGAAGUGAAGCGCUAUCACAGCUGCUCCCUGGUGAAAAGAUGUUUCCGAGGCUGGCUCACUUGGACAAGAGAAAGAUCAGACUUGAGAGCCAAGAGUGAAGAGUUCUGUCAAAAGAGACUGAAGAGGGCAGCACUGAGAGGUUGGCAGAGGCGAUAUCGCAACACGUACCUGGCAGAGCAGAGAUAUGUGCUGGUGUGGAAGGAGUUCCUGGCAGAUAUACUGGAAAGGUGGCACUUCUGGGCAGCAGAGCGUCACUUGCAGUCAGCGGUUGGUGAACAACUGGAAGCCAGACUGAGGCUGCGCGCUGUGGCGAAGACUUUCAGGACCUGGAAGGCGGAGACUCACAAGUGCCAACAGAUGCAGAAGAUUUACCACGCUUCAUUACUGUCGCGUAGUUUUCAUGCAUGGCAGAAGCUGGCGCAACGAAAGAAGGAGCUUGCUGAAAGGUUGUCUAACUUUGUUGUGAGGCAACAGGAAAACAAGCUAAGACGUGUAUUCCUGGCCUGGAAGUCAGACUGGCUGCGUAGUAAGGCAGAAAGUGAGUUACACCAGCUCAGAGUUCAUCACAAUGUGGUCAAGAUGGCCAAGAAGUGGAAGCAGAGGACACAGCAGUCUAGAGGGGAGAGACAGAGGAGAAAAGUUCUCCUGGCUAUGGCGUUCAAGUGUUGGAGGGGCCGGCUCCAGAACAAGCUGUCUCUUAAGGGCAAGGUGUACAUCCUGGGCCGUCUUUGGCGCUGGAAAGCACAAAGGAACCUGACACAGGAAAAUAUGGCGUUGCAGCUGCAGGACAAGUUCCGUAGACGUCAGUUGAGCCGAGUGUUUACUCACUGGAAGGAGACAUAUUGGAAGCUGCACUGUGCUGAACAACACUAUAUAGACAGCUUGGUAGCAAGUGCUUUCCAAGGCUGGUUGGAGUUUACAGAAAAGAAGAAAGAUCUUGCUUACAAACUUCAGCUGUACUUGGACAAGAGACACACAGACCAGCUCAUUGUUGCGAUGAAGAUCUGGAAGAAAGAAUUCAAGGGCAGUGCCAGGCGUAAGAAACUACUGCAGCACCACCUGGAGGAGAGAAACCACAAACUUGUAAACAGGAUGUUUGUCAAGUGGCAUGACGAGACAUUAAGACAGAGAGCUGAGAAACGUUACGAAGGUUCCGUUUUGCUGAGGAUAGUAGUGUCGUGGCAUAAGUGGGCACAUGAUAAGAGAGCCAGAAUGGCCAGAUGUCAGGAGCUGCAGACAAGUUUUGCACGUAAUAACCUCAGGUCAGCAUUCCUUACUUGGCAUCAGAACACCAGGGUGCAGCACCGUGCCGCGGCACACUACCAGCAGACGCUCACAGUCAGAAUGUUUUUCUCCUGGCUUCACCAUGUUCGACAUCAAAAACAACUUAAACAACUCAGCGCACAGUUCCAGCAGCGCAAAACUGCCAUCAUUUCCCAGCAUGCAUUUCUCAAGUGGAAGCUACGCUAUCAAGUCAACAUGCAGCUGAAUGUUCUGGUGAAGCAGAAGCAAGCCAUGCAUGAAAGAAAGCUUCUCCAGGAUUGCUUUGCAUUGUGGAUUGAGAAAGUUUGCGAACGUCAGGCACACGAGCACUACGAGAGAGUGUUGAUGAGACGGGCAAUGGCGCAGUGGAAGAGGUUUGUCCAUAAGAAGAGGAUGGAGAAACAAAUGGAGGGAGACUUAAUGGACUUGGCACAGCAGCAUUAUGAGGCUAGUCUGAGGAAACUUGUUCUACAUGCAUGGUGCAGUGAGGUGCUGGUUGCUAGGCAACUAAAGAAGAGACAGCUCCAUCUGGUGGCAAGAUACGCUAAGAUCUGGAAGCAAAGGGUUGCCAUGGUGAAGGCUGCAAAGCAGAUGGCCCAUAAGCACAAAGUUGAUCAUUGCUGGCGGAAGUGGAGAAAAGCUCUGAUCCAGUCCCAGGUGUCUAAGAAUAUGCUGAUACAGGACAACAAACAGGUGCUCACACAGGUGUUUGUGACCUGGAGACAGAUGGCGCUGCUGCGGUCCCUGGCCAAGAAGUGCAGCCAGCAGCAGCAGAGCCACCAAUUGCAUCUCACCUUCCAGCAGUGGCGACAAAAGUACAACAGUAGCAGCUCAGGGGGAAGUUGUCGCAGCUCCAAUGCCAGUCUCUGUACCACAGAUCGUAGCUAUAUAUCAGGAAGGAGCUCCGUAGACACGCCUCUGCCGAUGGUGAUGCCUUUCAGUGAACAAUUCUGAUUUAGCAAAAAUAUCUACGUAUGCUAAGAUGAUACUGGAUUGAACUCUUUGAGAAGUUUGUGGGCCACAGACUGCAACAUAGGAUGAAGUCCCAAGAAACUGGGGGGGGGGGGAUACAAACUACUGUGUCUUUCACAAAUUAUUUUAAGGUGACAUAUAUCAUACUGUUACAUAAAUGUUGAUAUCUUCUCAAACUUGAAGGUCUUUCAGUUGGUGUCAGUUGACCAAGGCCCUGUUCCAAGUCUUUCUUGUUCAGUUGAUGUUACAAACAAAUACAAAACAAACAUUUGAUGAAUUCAAAGCACGACCUGGGAUAUAAGUAUUAUUCACUGGUGGUGAAGAUAAUAAAAAAAACUUGCAUUUUAAUAUUACCAAGAAAAGAAGGUAAAGUAAUUUAUGAGAAAGACCUUUUUAAGUAGUUUAUACACAUCCAAGAAGAAACUGAUUAUGGAUAUUUAUAUAAACAAAUGAUACUGUAUUAUAUUACAAGGGCAGCAAGCAGUAACUUAAUAUUUAUUGCCUUUUAUUCACAUUUCCAUCCACUGGUCUCAUUUUAAGUGACUUGUUCAAAUGUUAAUUUCCAAGUUUUUUGUAUAUUUUUUUCUUAUUUAAGAUAAACUGGCAUUGAAUUUAUGCAGUGCCUGCCGUCCAUUUUUGUUUUGAAUACAAUUUGUAUAUAAUGUUAGUUGUAAAAAGAAAUGUAUCAUAUUAUAAACCAUACCAUGUCAUAUUAUGUUGUACAUUACAUUUUGGUGCCAGCAAAUUAUCCUAGGGGAUUUUCCUUUUUAGUGCUAAAAUUAGCACAUUGCUCAGAAAAGCUUAUGAAUCUGAAUUAUGGCCAAAACAGGAAAUUUUUAAUGUAGAUGAU